AUGAUUUCACAACAAUCGCCAUUUCCAAGUGGCUUCGCGAUCAUAACUCCACGCCUACGCAUCACCCCACUUGACCCAAGCAACGAAACCCACUGUACAUUUCUAGCCCAGCUCUGGAAUACAGAUCUAUUUAUCCGCUCCUGCGGUCGCACAUCAGUGGUCGAUGCUACAAGCGCAUCAGAAUUCAUCCGUACCCGCAUCUUAGCCGACUACGAGCGCAACAAGCACGGUAUGUUCCUCGUAUCACUCCAGGAGCAAGAUCCCCAGUCUUUCCCACCAAUCCCGAUUGGGACCGUAUCGCUCAUGAAAGGUGCACCGCCAAAUCGUCAUUAUCUUGCGCCCGAUAUUGGGUAUGCGAUUUUACCUGAGAUGAAUGGGAGGGGAUAUGCGACCGAGGCGGCUAAGGGGUUACUGGAGUGGGCCAGGGUAGAGCUUGGGAUCACGGAUGUCUUUGGGUUCUGUGAUGCUAGAAACCUUCAUAGUCGGAGGGUCCUUGAGAAACUUGGGAUGGACUUUAGGGGAGUUGCGGCGUUGGAGGUGUUUGGGGGUGCGGAGAGUGCGGUUUGUACUCUGCCGGGCAUGAGUGAGGAUUUAAGUGUUUAUGGGUUGACGGAGGAUAUCCGAAAGGAGGAAUGA